AUGAAUAACUUCCCGCCACACGGUGUUCCAACGAACAUGGGCAAUCCUGGCAUGGGACUGCCCAUGGGUGCUCCUGGUAGUGCCAUGAACCCGGGUAUGAUCCCAGGAGGCAAUAACAUGAUGAUGUACCGACAGAGUCUGACCGCGACGACAAAGAACAUGUUGGCAGCAGCAGCUCCUGGAAGUUCUGAACAGGGUUUCCAUCCUGUGCAAGGUCAACCACAACAAUUCGUUGGUCCACAGAACAAUCGAGUCGGUCAGAACCUGGUUCAGAACAAAGCUAUGGGAGGCAUGGCACCACCCGCCUCACCAGCCAUGGGCGGUCCUAUGAAAGAUCAGAAGGAUGUUAAACCCAUCAUCAACAAUAACCCUUCAGGUAUUCCAGAAGGGUCCCCUCACAAUGCUCCCGCUGCUCCAGGCCAGGGAGGGCCUUCAUCCAACCCUACAGGGAGCGCACACGGCACAGCACCCCCGACUCCGAAUACCAUAAAUUCAAGCAUCACGCAGUCCCCUGCUCCAAACGGAACACCAUCAGGACCUCCGGCUUCGAUCCCUGCAAGCCAACCGCAAGCCAAUCUAGGCGAUCUACCACCUAAUUUCAUGUCUUCGGAUUUCAUCCAAUCUAUGUCAGCAUUGGAGGAUUUAGACCCAUCCAUGUUUCGGACAGACUUUGAGCAAGACUUCCGUGAAUGGUUCGAUCCGACCGGUGUGGACCUCAAAUGA